ACCCCACCCCCCAACCAAACCUAAAGAAACAAGAUAAUGAGGAAAAUGAGUUUACUAGAAAACCUCCCACUUUUUUUCAUAGUCUUCUUCUUGAUCUUGAACUCUUCCAUUGCUGCAACUGCAAUAUAUAAUGUCAAAAACUAUGGAGCAAAAUCAAAUGGAAAAAUCGAUUCAUCCAAAGCUUUUCUGAGUGCAUGGGCUGCAGCAUGUGCAUCUUCUAGCCCUGCCACCAUUUACGUGCCAAAGGGAAGUUACUUGCUUAAAAGUGCAUAUUUUCUAGGUGAAACAUGCAAGAGUAAUGCUAUUACCUUACACAUUGAUGGCACUAUAUUAGCUCCAUCGGAUUAUAAUGUUAUUCGGAAUGAAGAAAAUUGGAUCAAAUUUGAAAGAGUUACUGGAGUUUCCAUAUAUCGUGGAACCUUAGAUGGACAAGGUGCUAGUCUUUGGGCUUGCAAAAACUCUAGCAAGAAUUGUCCUCAAGGAACAAUGGGACUUACUUUUUCCAACUCCAGCAACAUAGAUAUAAGCGGAUUAACAUCGAAAAACAGUCAAAUGUUCCACAUAUUGGUAGAUAAUUGUCAUAAUGUGAAGCUACAAGGAGUAAAGGUAUCAGCUCCAGGAAACAGUCCCAACACCGAUGGUAUUCACGUCCAAUAUUCGUCUAAAGUCACCAUUAUGAACUCUCAUAUUGGAACUGGAGAUGAUUGUAUCUCAAUUGGCCCUGGAACCUCCAACUUAUGGAUUGAAAACAUUGCCUGUGGCCCUGGCCAUGGAAUAAGCAUUGGGAGUUUAGGCUGGGAACUAGAAGAGCCUGGAGUUCAAAAUGUUACAGUUAAAACAGUCGCGUUCAGUGGAACACAAAAUGGAUUGAGAGUAAAAACAUGGGCAAGAUCAAGCAAUGGCUUUGUCAGAAAUGUUCUCUUCCAGCAUAUAGUUAUGGCUAACGUUCAAAACCCUAUCAUCAUAGACCAAAAUUAUUGCCCUAACAAUGAAAAUUGCCCUCAUCAGGGCUCGGGUGUGAAAAUCAGCAACGUAAAGUAUCAAGACAUACGCGGUACAUCUGCUACGGAAGUUGCAGUGAAAUUUGAUUGUAGCAAAAAAUAUCCAUGCAGUGGCAUAGCACUAGAAGAUAUAAAUCUUAGUUAUAGAGAUCAACCAGCUGAAACUUCUUGUGUUAAUGCUGGAGGAAGAGCUUCUGGUUCUGUAAAACAAACUAGUUGCUUAGGUUAGAAAAUAGAGAUUAAGUCUACAUCUGUGCAAAAUCGUGCAUUUGGAUAAUGAGUUGAUAUUUGCUAAUUAUAAACAGGAAAGCCGGUAGACAUUAUAUUAAUACAGAAUGAAAGUUCAGAAGUGGCAGUUAUUUGUAAACCAGGUUUAAAAAUCAAAAUUAUCUUUAGUAU